UUUUCAGUCGACCGAAGAUCGCCACUUGCGAGUCAGCACCGCGGAAAAUAAAAAUCAGUCAAAGUUGAACCUUGGUGAAGAAGUGUGACACACAGCUGAUGGAAAAAUAAAGUCGAACAGUCACUCAGUGGACGCCAUAUUGGAAAGUGAUUUAAAGAUGGUGAAAUUUGAGGUGAUUUUCAUCGGGCUGAUCCUGUACCUUGCCGAAGGCAAGCGGGAAAUACCCAUCGGGGCCAUCUUCCACGGAGACAACUACGAGGCGGAGAUCGCCUUCAAAUACGCAAUCGAGCGAGUCAACAUGCACGAGAAACACUUCGAGUUGGUACCGAACGUCAAAUACGUCUCCCCGGAGGACAGCUACAAAACGGAGCGAAAGGUCUGCGAGCUGGCAUCGGAAGGGGUGACGGCCAUCUUCGGUCCCAGCUCGAUGUUGACCUCGGGGAUCGUGAGCUCCAUCUGCAAGACCAUUGAAAUACCGCACAUCAUCACCCAUUGGGAUCCGGAACCAAUCGGCGGGUGGGAUCCGGAGCAGCAGGCGAUGACCAUCAACCUGUAUCCGGAAGCUGACGUGCUGUCGCGAGCGCUGCAUGACCUCAUUGUAGACUACACCUGGAAAAGUUUUACGAUAAUUUACGACAGUGACGAAGGUUUGAUGCGGUUGAAGGACGUUUUACAAAUUCACGAGCCAGGGGACAGUCCGAUCACGAUACGACAGCUCGAUGACGACGUAGACUACAGACCUCUAUUGAAGGACAUUCAAACUUCCGGCGAAAGCCACAUUAUCCUGGAGGUGAAUCCCGACAAAAUUUUGGACAUUCUUCGGCAAGCGAAAGAGGUCAAGAUGUUGGAGGAGUAUCAAAGCUAUAUAAUCACCUCGCUGGAUGCUCACACGUUGGACUUUGAAGAGCUUAGAUACUCCCGCUCGAACAUAACCACUCUACGGUUGAUGGACACCAAGAGCUUCGACAUCAAAAAUGCGGUUCAUGAUUGGGAACAGGGUGAGGCUAGAAUGAAAAAGAUAUUCAGGGUAUCACCGGAGCAUGUGCGUACGGAAUCGGCCUUGUACAAUGAUGCCGUGAAAAUCUUUGCCACUGCGAUCAGAGAACUGGAUGCUACGGAAGAGAUUGAAGCAUCAAAACUGUCAUGCGGUAAUAAGAACCUUAGGCAGUGGCCGUUCGGGUUGAGAAUUGUUAACUACAUGAAAGUUAAAACCGAGCAUGGCAUAACAGGACCAAUUAUUUUCGAUGACUACGGCCGUCGGACGCACUUUCAAAUGGAAAUCAUCGAGUUGAACCGACAGGAAGGCUUCAAAAAGAUCGCAGUUUGGGAUCCUACCAAUGGGAUUAUCUACACUCGCAGCCAGGAGGACGUUGACUUGCAGAUCGUUGAAUCGCUGCAGAACAAAACUUUUAUAGUCGCGUCACGUUUGGGGGCGCCAUUCCUGAUGAUGAAGGAAAGAAAAGAAGGCGAAUACUUCGAAGGUAAUAACCGCUUCGAAGGGUACUCUUUGGAGUUGAUUGACGGGAUCUCCAAAAUCCUCGGUUUUCAGUACCGUUUGGAGCUGGUUCCUGAUGGAAAGUACGGGUCUUAUAACAAGGAAACUAAAAGAUGGGACGGUUUGGUAAAGCAGCUGCUUGAUAGGAGAGCAGACCUUGCAAUUUGUGAUCUAACCAUUACCUACGAACGGAGAACUGCCGUAGACUUCACGAUGCCUUUCAUGACGCUUGGUGUCAGCAUUCUGUACGCCAAACCCGUCCCGCAACCCAAGGAUCUAUUCUCUUUCCUGUCGCCUUUAUCACUGGAUGUUUGGGUGUACAUGGCCACAGCCUAUCUUGGCGUCUCCGUCUUGCUAUUCUUCUUGUCCCGUAUGGCACCAGCCGAUUGGGAGAGCGCACAUCCUUGCAAGCAAGAUGAAGCCGAAGAGGUGGAAAAUAUUUGGGACAUGGUGAACGCUCUCUGGCUUACGAUGGGUUCCAUCAUGGGACAAGGUUGCGAUAUUCUGCCGAAAGCUGUCUCAACACGAGUGGUAUCCGGAAUGUGGUGGUUCUUUGCGCUGAUCAUGCUUUCGUCUUACACAGCUAAUCUGGCUGCUUUCUUAACCAUGGAACGCAUGGACGCAUCGAUCGAAAGUGCCGAAGAUCUUGCGCAACAGAGCAAAAUCAAGUACGGUGCCGUGCUCGGGGGAAGCACACUUAGCUUCUUCCGAAACUCCAACUUUUCCACAUACCAACGGAUGUGGGCUGCCAUGGAGUCCACCCGACCAUCGGUGUUCACGGCGAGUAACGACGAAGGACGAGAUCGAGUUCUGAAGGGACGUGGACUGUACGCUUUCUUGAUGGAGUCCACUUCGCUGGAGUACAUCACCGAGCGCUACUGUGAACUAACCCAAAUCGGUGGACUGCUGGAUUCCAAGGGGUAUGGAAUUGCUAUGCCCGUUAACUCUCCCUAUCGGACAGCCAUUUCCGGAGCAGUGCUCAAGAUGCAAGAGGAAGGUAAGCUACACCAGCUGAAGACUCGCUGGUGGAAGGAGAUGUACGGUGGAGGUCGAUGUGAUGAACAUGCUACCACAUCGGCAGCUGACAGUGCCGCCGAACUUGGCAUAGAUAACGUCGGCGGUGUCUUCUUGGUUCUUGCAGUUGGAUGUUUCUGUGCGUUUAUACUCGGAAUUAUGGAAUUUUUAUGGAACGUGCGCAAGGUUGCAGUUGAUGAGAAAGUAACUCCGUGGGAGGCAUUGAAAGCGGAACUUAAGUUUGCGAUGAAUUUGUCCAUCACAACAAAACCGGUCCACAACGUACCGAGUGAAUCAAGCUCGUCCAGGAGUUCAAUGCGAACCGAAUCGAGACGAGGCUCGGAUUCUGUUGGUAGAAUGCAUAACAUCAGAGCUGGGGCCAGUUUGCUGAACGUGGACAAGAUCGGAUUUAUGUUCAAAUAGGAAUGUUACUCUUCGCAUAUCUUUAGACGAAGGAUUGUUGAAAGCUAGAAAGUUUAUUAAGACAUGGUUUCUGCACUUUUACAAAAUAUUAGGGGAUGGAAACAAAUUUCUAAAAUCCUGUGUUCUGCUAAGGUCUAUAAGGUAACAAAUGGAUUAAGGAGAGAGACCUUAUUGAAAUAGAUCAAUCUUAAUAACGUGAGAAAAACAUGACAAAGCAUAUUCAAUAUCAUUUUAGUGCAUUUCAAUGCAUUUAUCCAGUUCCAUUGAAUUCUGAACUUCUGAGGUUGAUUUGCAUACUAUAAUAAAUUUUAGGAUUGAAGAGCAGAAGUGUUGCUCGGCAAGGUA